GAUGUUGAAAUAGUAUAAUUCCGUAAUACAAAACUGCUCACUGAAUUUCUUCCUCAAUUUUAAACAACUUGAGCCCUCUCUUGGAGCACCUAAAUCAAUCUUCAUCAUCCCAAAAUUCUAGCAACAAAGGCUAGAUGCUUGGUGGCUGUCAAUUGAUAACACCAAACCAUUUUGAGAAAAAUUGCCUGGUAUUGCUUUCGAAAUAGUUGCUUUUGUGAUGACUCAAGAAAUCCACUCUCACAGUUCACUAAAAUGUCUGCCGAGUCAUCCCGACAGAGACAAGCCAGCCAGACAGUCAUUUUACCGCAACCAGUUACCGACAAAUCUAUCAUCGAUAGUGUAGCUGGAUUCAUUCAUGAAGUCGUGCCUCCGGCAUACACGAACGUUCUUCAUGGCGAAAAUAAAGAACGGAUAACUUGGGCUCGCUUUGAACGGCCAGACUUAUUUGAUCCGUUUAUUUUCUCUGAGGCAGCAGAUAUUGACGCCUAUGAGAAUGCUCCUCUUCUUUUGAUAGUAGGCUACCAUGUUGGUGCAAAAGUGUGGAGUAUAUCCAUCAACGGAGAGUCGACAGAGGUGUUAUCCUUGACUGACUCAGUCAUCAAAUGUUUGCGGCUACUGCCAACACCCCUGUCUGGUUCAACCUCAGAAUCAUGCCGCAAGCAGGAUUUGUUUGCUCACAAACGUCCGUUGAUGGCUCUAUGUGACAAUGCCGGCUCAUCAAAUCCAUUCUGUCUGGUCAAUUUCAUCUCGCUGCGGACUGGAGAACAGGUCAAGGCCAUUCAAUUCAAAACGCAAGUGUGUGAUAUUCAAGCAAAUCGUAGAUCCAUUGCAAUCGUGUUUCCGGAGCGGAUAGCCGUGUUUGAUGCGUUUACUUUGGAGGACCAGUUGACAGUUACAACAUGCUUCCCAAGUCCAAGCAUCAACCCGAAUCCAGUGGCCCUUGGCUCAAGAUGGUUGGCGUACGCAGAGAAACAGUUGAUUUUAAUGAAAAGGUCAAGAGGGGGAUCGGAAGGAGAAGGCGUACAGUCGUACACAGCGACUGUUCUACAAGCUGCCAAAACCUUAAGCAAAGGCCUGCGGGAUUUCAGUGGCUCGGUCACGUCCAGUUUAACAGGGACAGGGCCAGUUAUCAACGGCAACAACUCACUGCAACCAGGGAUCAUCACAAUCUUAGAUGUAGAGAGCUCCAGUGGAAAAAGUACAAAAGAUAGAAGAGGUGGUGAGAUCAUCGCACACUUUAUCGCCCAUUCAGAACCAAUAGUCGCCAUGAACUUUGACCCCUCCGGCAUGUUACUGGUAACUGCGGAUAAAAGAGGUCAUCGCUUUCACGUCUUCCGCAUCAAUCCUCACGUCGCAGGGUCUGCAAGCGCAAGCGUUCACCAUCUUUACAUUCUGCACAGAGGUGAUACUACUGCAAGGGUCCAAGAUAUUUCGUUUUCAAAUGAUUCUCGGUGGGUUGCGGUGAGCUCUUUGCGAGGCACCACCCAUGUUUUCCCUAUCACCCCUUACGGAGGAUCUGUCGGACUUCGAACACAUGCGACUCCACAUGUUGUCAACAAACUCUCCAGGUUUCAUCGAAGUGCUGGCCUGACAAAUGAUGGUCGAAAUAGCCCGAUCCUCAACGAAUGCAACCAGCAACUUACGAUGCUCGCAAUUCCAAAUCCCUGUCUGCCCCCUUUUCCUAGUCCUGUAGUCAUAACGCCCCUAGCACAGUUACGCACGUAUCCCCCAGGAAUCCCAGCAACGCGUGGCCAUGAAGAUGUAUCCGCCAUGAUCAAAGUCUCUGCGUGUUUUGCCCCACCCAGAGCAUGGCUUUCUUCCUCUCAAGAAACGAUACUAAACAAUAAAUCAAUGAAGCGAGCCGUUGAUUCGUUGUUUAUUAUUACGUGCCAUGCUAAUCUUAUUCAAUACGAUCUCGAGCCAAAACAUGUAGUCGGAGCUACAAAAGACAGAAUAUGUGAUAAUACGCAAAUUGAGUUAGGGGUCGAAGCGAAAGCAGAAUGGCCGUUAGUUAAUAGUCCAAGCAAUACUCAACCACCUUUGAACGCAAAUAAUCCUUUGUUACUCAUGAGCCGGUCGUUCACAAGCAAUAGUUCAAACAAAUAUCAAAAUCUAGAUGCGGAUGAAAGGUGGUUGUCUCAAGUGGAAAUUGUGACGCAUGCUGGACCCCAUCGCAGACUCUGGAUGGGACCCCAGUUUACCUUCAAAACUUUCAGCUCCUCACUCGGAGGUGCAGUACCUGUCAUGGAUUCAGAUUGUGGAUCAAGGUUAAAUCGAUCGAGUCCUGUAAAUAUGCCAUUGUCUCAUAAUCCGAUCGUACCAGUCCUCCUUGAAAGUGGAUCUAGCAGUAGUUUCGAGCAAUCUCCAUGCUUACUGGACAUGUGCGGUGCUGAGCUUGAGAAAAUGGAGGGUGAAGGCGAUUCCCGCCUGCAAGAAGAUCUCGCUGAUGCGAUGCAAGAAGUGCCAGGAAUGACUAUCCCCUCAGACGCAGGUGGCGGGUCUAUGAGGGCCCGGGCCUCAGUAAUGGCAAGGCAAGUGAACCCCCUCGGAACCGUACUCACUUUGAGUGAAGGAGUUUCUCUGGCAGCCAGUAUCAAGACCCCUGAUUCGAAUCGUAUAAUAAGUAAGGUAGUAUGUUGCGAACAGCAAUCUAGUCAUUCGCCAUCUUCUUUUGACGCUCCCGUCAACGUAGAUUUAAGUAGACCUCUCUCUGAGUCUAGCUCAGACAUAAGCUUGCAGGAGAAGAUAAUUUAUAUCGAUAAAUUGCAAACUUCUAUAGAAUCAAACCUGAGCAACAGUUCGAACAGUGUUGAUGUCAACACAAACAACUCUCAAAUGGUUACCGUUGUUGAGUUAGUUCCAAGAACCAACUCAACAACCAAUUCAAAAAUCCGGUCUGGUGGUGCAACCACCUCUGAAUCCAAAGAAAGUGCUCCCGAAGCAGAAAAAGUUUCUAAAACUGAAAAAAUUGUCACAGAGGUGAUUCAAAGUACGCCUUCAAUCUCUGACUCAAGUAUUAAGGAAUCAGGAUGUGAGCUUUCUAGAAGCGUACCUCCUGAAGAACCUAGUAAAAGUAGCAAAUCCAGUAAAGGGAAAAGCAAAAGAGAAAAAGGAAGACAGAAUAAAGCUCCUGCAGAAUCUACUAAACAAGAGGAACAGAGUGAAGAGAAAGAAGUUGUCAGUGAAAUUUUAAGCCUACCAGAACCCCGUAUUGAAACAGAAAGAGAAGAGGCUCUCAUUAGCACUGUCAAUCUCAGCGAGAAAAAAGAAAAACGUGCUGAAACACCCACUGAUGCGCAAUCCCUUCCAAAUAAUCCCAGUAAAACAUCUAAAAAGAAAAAGAAGGAAGUUCAACCUGUUAGUUUACCAAAGCCUUGUAAAAACAGUAGUAGUAGCUUGGAAAAAUGUAUGCCUGCUGAUGCAGUUAUUAUAACAAAUUGCUCAUCAGAAGAUGAGACACUGGACGAUAAAUUUGAGAGUAUCAGCUUUGAAGAGCAAACAAUCAGUGCCGAUGACCCAGUAAUAAUAAAAUCUCAUGGCGUCAUGAGCUCUAUCUUUGAUGAGCAUUUCAGGCACCCCUCAGUGUUAGAAAUACCAGCAGAGCCUCUGAGCGUACCUAUUAAGCAGCGCGAAGAUUCAUGUAAUGAUGAAAGCUCUCUAACUUGUCCUGUACCUGAACCGUUUAUUGAAAUUCCAUGUUAUGUGGAAAAGAAAUGCGAUGAAAAAAGCAAGCCAGCUAGAGGAAAUAGAAAGUCUAAGAAAGGAAAGGCAUCAAAUCAAAAAAGUGAGGGUCUGAAGUCAGAGAGACCGGAAGAUUCCACUGAUCCUUUGGAAACGACAAUUACGUAUCCGUAUCUGGAACAAGUAUCCGACCCAAGAUAUCCUGAAAUUCAAGAAAAUUGGGAUGAGUCGCAUGUGACUUUAAGUGAAGAUUUUAGCACUGAAGUCAGUCAAAGUGCCUUGGUGCAUGCUCCUGUUGAUGAAGUUGAUCCUGAAAAAGGUACUUGCGAUGAAAUCAGCCAGUCACCGCUUUCUGAGCAAGCAGGUGCUAAUGAUACAGUGCCAGUCCCUGAUGACAAUAUCGUCAAACAGGAAAUAGAUGAUUCGACUGUUCUUGAAACUGGAAGUUCAGUCACAAAACCGGUUGUACAAUUAAAAGAGCCUCAAAGUAGCGAGCCAAACAUUGUCGCAAGUAAAACAGCUGAUAAGCCGAGCAAAAAGAAAAGAGGAAGGAAAGGAAAAACCAAUCCAAGUACUUCUAUUAAAGAAGAUACUAAGGUAGAGGUCAUGCCAAUUUUGUCCUAUGCUGCUAUUUCGAAAGGCACUAGUGAAACUGACUCCGCCACGUCUAAGGAGUCUCCUCAUCUUUCGUCCAAGAACUCUGAUAAUGUCGAAGAGAUUGUGGCUAGUGAGGAAAGACAACUCUCUGGUGAAUGCCAAAGUUACAAUGCAUAUGAGGACUUCAUAUCUGAAGUGGACAGUGCUACCAUAGAAAAACCAGAAUCAAUCAAUGUAGAAGAAAUGGAAAUGUCGGCGACUUUCGAAUGCAAGCUGCCCAUGGAUUCAACGCCAGGUGAGUCUGAUACCGGUGGACUACAGUUUGAAUUGCAGUGGAACGCUCAGGAGCUCAACUCCUUGAACGAAGACUUUCUUUCUCUCACAACGGAUGAUCUUGCUCCUUGCAGUUUUGAAAAUCAAGAUGAAGAUGUACGUUAUGACCCAAGUAGGGAACAGAGUGUAGAAACAGAUUCAUCUGGGCCCAUUGUACCCUACAGUCUCUUCGAUUCAGGAAGUGACUUUUUUAUUCCGCACCCGCUUUGCUCUGAGGAUGAAAGUGGUGUCGAUUACGUUCAGAUAACGUCGAUGAUCAUGGAAGAUAACCUGUGUGAUGAAGUUGUCGCACCAAAAAUCGAUGAUACUGCCGAAGUGAACAUUUUUGAGCACACUGCCAAAGAUACCAGUGAAGAGUUUCCAGAGUUGAGAGAGGAAGACUCUCCCCAAAGGACGUGCAAAACUUCGGAUGCUCCAGUAGAUUCAACGGUGACAGAGGUCGAUGAUCCGUUGAAAAUUAGCGAACUUAUGCCGGUGGCAGAAGAAGUGACGCUCUGUGAACCGUGUAUUGCAGAAAGCGCUCCUCAGAAAAAAGAGGCAGUGCCGGCCUUGUCUUCAAAAAAAAAUAGGAAAGAAAAAGGUAGAAAAGGUCGCGGCAGGAGAUGAUGUUUUUCUCCUCUCAAGCUCUUCAAGAAGAAUAGCUUUGUCUCUAGCCUGAUUACAAAGAUUGUAUCUAAGUUACACCUAUGAUUAUGUUACAAGUGCUCGCAGUUUCCUUUAAUCAACAGUUCUGAAGAAGAUCCAAAUGUAACUGUGCUCUGUGAAGAGGUCUUAAAACAAGGGUCUUAAACAGGUCUUAAAACUCACAAAAAGAGAGACAGAGAUCGUAGCAUCAUGAUACAAGUAAAGAAUAUUAUUUUUGUUAUUUUAAACCAAAAAUCAUCAAAAAAUUUCAAAAAUUAGUAUUCGCAGAGCAUUUUGAAAUUUUGACCUUAGAAUAUACGAUUCUGUAAAAAUCCUAUUUUUAGUUUGAAAUUGCAGAAAAAAAUUCAAACCAAUCUCUCAAAAAAUUAAUUAAUGUAAUAAAAUUAAGUAAUAGAAAGUACGAGUCUUGAGAAGUAGAAUCAGUUUUUUAUCUUACUGGCUCUCAGAAUUAUUUUCAAGUAUAUCACAGGUACAUAAUGAGUCAAAUUGACGUAGGUGUUUUUUGUUAAGUUAGUUUAGUGUUUAUUUCACUACUCCAAAAUCUUUUUGGACCAGUUUUAGUUUUUUAUUGCUUCUUUUGCAAUGUUGACAACAGAAGAUGAAGACCCUUCCUUCCUGGUUGCCAGUUACAUGAAUUUCAGAUGUUGUAAAUUAGUCUGUUGAUUGUGAUAAAGUUUUUCAUAAAUACCUUCUCUCAGCAAAGUUGGAGUGUUGAAACGAGAAGAAGCUUAUUGAUUUCUUUGGUGCAAGAUCCAAAUGAAUGGAACUCUUCAAAUGCAUGAUCUAGUCUGCUCCAUUGGCAGAUGAAUGUGAUUGUUCGGAGUUUCUUCCAUCAGAAUUUAUUUACAUACAUAACAAUGGAUUGAGUGCGAAAUCAAGUAUCUUAAUUGCAGUUUUCAAAAUUUUUAUUCUCCAUUUAAUUUUUCAAAGAGAAACAAGCCAACUUUAUAGGUCAAAAAUACAGAAUAUUCUGCUGACAGACAAGAAAAAUCGAGGAAAUUUUCAAUAAAUUCUGUCAAUCAGUUUUCCCAAGGAACUUAUAAAGUAUGUCAGGAAUUCUACAACAAUGCAAACGGAGAUACCUGAUUUUGUUAUCCAUUAAUAAAUUCUGUGGCUACAAGUUUCAAUUAAAUAAAUUUAAAUCAAUAUAAUACAUGUAACAAAUAAUACAAUCUAGCAAUGCAAGUGCAACAUGUGAUUCCUCCAAAAUACUUAUCAGGCUAGAGGCAAUAUCUUUGUUCUUAGUAAUUUCUAAUGAAUCAGCUCUUAGUGAUCACUUCCUUCAUCAUAUCCAGUAUUUGUGGGUUCAUGAAAAUCUAAAUAUUUAAACUGUGAAUAGAAUGUGAAUUAAGGAAUACUAAUUGUUAGUUUACAGCAAUUAUUUAAAGUAAUUCUUAUAUGUACAACUUUCUGUAGCCAUGAAAAAGUUUGUAUGAAUUUCAUUGAGGUAUGUGUAAUAAUGACAAAGUUGAUGAUUUUCUUGUUGAAACUUACAACUGAUACUUUUUUCAAAAAUUUCUUGUGAAUAGUAAACUUUUAUUUCUUGUUAUUUUGUCUGUAGCGCAUGUUUCUAUAUGUGCAGUAUUUAUUGAUUUGUAUCAUUUAUCUCUGCCACUGUUAUCUUUUUUAGUUAGGUAUAUUAUUGUGACUGAAUUUUGAGCUGUUUUUUUAUGGUAAUCUGCUUUGAUUAGUCUGAUUUUUAAGUACCAAAUCAUUUAGUAGGGGGUGAUCUAAAAUAAUUAUCUUAUGGUUCAACAGCUCAGAUGCUACUUCUUUAAAAUAGGGUCUUUAAAAUUAACCAAUACUGUUUUAAAUCCUCCGGUGAUCCCAAAAAAUUUCUUUCAUCCAAAAUUUGUAUCUCAAACUAUGUCUUCAAUGAAAAUGCCCUUCCUCAACUUUCAAGAGGUUCAGUUUAAAUUGUCAACUGCUCAGAUUUCAUGUUUUCUUUCAAAUUUGCAAAAGAAAUCCUUCUAAUUGAUCUUAUGCAGAUUCAAAAACUACUCCAUUCCUUAAAAGUUUUAGGUGCUUUGGUUCCGGAUAAAUUUUUGGGGUUGGCAUUAAAUUGCUUCGUUUCUAUUGAGUUUAAUAAAUAAAAACCUAUUUGAGAACCUUGCUGCACUAAACCCUCAACAUUUGAAGAAAUUUCGGUGCUUUCAAAAACUAGAAACCGAACACCUCAGUUGUGAUCUUCAUUAUCAAGAGAAAGUUGGCUUUUUAAACUUAAGUGAAAAUAUUCUAAUCCUUUUUUAAGUGAGAAUUUAAACUCCUACGGUUUAAGUAUUAAUGCAAUGGCUUCUUCUAAUCUAAUGCUUAUUUAUCACUGUUUCUGCAACAGAAAGGCAAUAAAUUGGGAGAAAGCUGUCAGUUGUUAGUGUCAGUAUUAUUAAUUUUUAUUAUUUGAGGCUGCAAAACAUAUCAAGUUUGUAUCAAGACAAGAAAAAAAAAAGAAACCCAUGUAGCAGGAAUUUGGAAUUAGUAAUGACAAAUGGGUUAUUUAUUAAAAAUAUAUCGAUCGAUAAAGUGCAAAACCAUGUACCUCCAUUGCGAUGUUUUAAUAUCUUGGUUCCUACUUUACUUUUCAAAGAGAAACAAGUCAAUCAUCCAGCUUGAAAUUUCUGAGGCAUAUUCUGCUAAUAGAGAAAAAAAAAAUCAAAGAAGUUUUAAAGAAAUUAAGUUGUCUAGUUUUCUAUGGGGGUUCCAGUGGUUUCACACAUUGGCCAUCAAUAACUUGAUACUUGAGGUAAAACUUCUGUUAAGUUACAAUUUCCUCCCGCCUGCAAAAUGCAGACCAGUCAUGAGUAGCAACUUUUGAUUCACAAGUAGACUUCUUUUCACAGCCUAAUUUUUAAUUCUGAGUUAGCUAUUUCAUUGCAUCUUAUGAUCACAAAAUGGCUUUUUUAAAAUAAUUUUUUACCCGAUUUUUGACCAUUAAACAGCAUAUUAAUUGAAAUUCAUCGCUGUCAAAUUUCUACUUUUAAAACUCUGCUACAUGGGAACUUAAAUAGCUACUGUGAAAAGACUGACUUUUGAAAGACCAUCUGCCUCUAAAGUUUGAGUGCUUGCUGAAACAUCAAGGUACUGUGUCAUGCUUUUUUUGUAGAAUUAGAUCUAAUUAAAAUCUAGACAAUUUUUAGACUUGUAUUGUUUCGUCCGAGAAAGUCUCUAGACACUUUUUAAAACAUAAGUUCCAAAGAAUAAUCAGAGGUACAAUUUGGAAGCUAUACCAAAAAAAAUGAGCAGAAUGUCAGUAGCCUGAGCUGGCUUUCAAUUGAUCCGCAAUCGUAAAUUUUGCUGAAUGUAACUACUAAGAGCGCAAUGCUGACUAUUUAGUUAAUUAAUGGAUGGAAGAUAGCAUCAACUUUGAAAACUUUUCAUAGGCCAUCAGGUGCUUGUUGCUGGUCGUUUUAUUUCUUCUGGACAAAAAAAAAGGAUGUUUGGAAACAUUCAAAGGGAAAAUUUUCGAAAGGGAUGUAAAAAUUGACUUGACUUGAUGAAAAAUAAAAUUUAGUAAAAUUGAAGGACUGAGCAAAUUCGCAAAAACAAUGUGACUGUUUCAAGGCAAUCAGACUUAGUGCAAAUUUUUGCUCUCUUAAGCAUGAGGGUGUUUAAAUGUUAAUUAGACAUGACCAUAAGUUUUGAGCAUCGCUGUUUCAAUUUUGUAUCUAAAAGGUAAAUAAGGUUAAGUAUUACAGCUGAAUAAUGAGUCAUGCUAAAAGUUUAAUUUUUAACUGGAAUCAAGUUUUAUAAUCAACUGUCUUUAUCAUCGUUUAAAACUGACUCUUGAAUCAGAACACCUAAUCGUUAUGUUCGAUUCUGAUGGUGCUAUUGAUUUUUUACCAAUCCACUUAUGGUAAAAUUCGUACAUAAAAGUGCUAGGAGCAGUCAUGAAGAAUGUUUUUUGUGUAAACUUAAUGUUCUCUGACUCUAUUGUGCCGGCAUCCAAUUAGGUACUUUACUGUUUAGAUCGAUCCUCUGUAUCAUGCAGCAAUAGACCAUACAACUGUUGCAUAGCACUGAUUGUGAAUAUAACUAUCUGAAUGUAAUUUUAAUGUAACUGAUGUCAACAUUUAUAGCUGAUUACCAAGAAUUCAGUCCCAUGGCAAUAUGUAUAAAAUUAUCUACCUGAUAACACCAACUUGUCGCCCUGUUAAGAUUUCCAUCAGUAUUAUUUUUAGAUUUUAACACUCCAUCAAGUAAGAUGCCUGUAGACGCUAUUAAACUCAUAACUGUAUGAAUGUUGGUUCAUUGAUCAUAAGUUUCAAUUUCAAAUCAUCCAAUCAAGUAGCACUCUUUUCAUACAAGUGCGGGGUUUCAGAUUUUUCAAAAAGUUUCAAAAAUCUGUUUCACCUUAAAAUAUCGUUAGCUGAAAAACAACUUUCAGUCACUUGUUGUUUGAUGUGGAGAACCCACUUGCAUGAGCUGUACAGAGUCAAUUCUUAUUUUGCCCUUGUUCAUGUUUCAUCCAACAUUUUAUUUUAUUGUAUCACUUAUAUUCAAAAUCAUCUAAAAAUAUUUUAUUGUAAACAAAUUUAAAAUGUUAUUUUUUAUAUUUUCUGCGUUUUCAUCAAGAAUUGUGGAUUUCUGUUGCAUUUUUUUAACUCUUUAAAAUGAAAGUAUUUGUACGUCAUGUGUUCACCAAUAAUUAUUUUAAGCAAAUAGAUCAAUCAUCGGAACCAAACGUUUUUUGAGAAAUUAAGCCUGAAGACAAAAUAAAAAAUAGGUGUAAGUAAGAAAUCAAAGAAAUAUGUUUUUUUAGGAGGAGGGGGGCGGGGGUCCUUUUGAUUUGAUAAAACUUCCUUUUGGUGGCUAGGUAUUUAUUUUCUUAAGACAAACUCUUUAUCUUGCAUCAUUUUCAUAGGCUCAUUAAAUUCACCUUAGUGGAUCCAACGAGGUUGCUCAAGCAAAAAAGACAGUAACUAUGCUAACGUGCUAAGAAAAAACGCUAUAUGAAUCUGCAGGCGUUGCCAAAUUUCCUUUGAUAAAAUAUGCAUUUAUUGGGAAAGUUGUUAAUAUAUUAUUCCCAUUUUUCCGACAAUUUCGUCUGCAAAAAAACCUAAAAUAUCUGACAGUUUUAAAGAAACAUAUUAAUAACUUUCCUACAAAAUGGAUACUUUUAUCGAAGGGAACUUGGCAAAAUUUGAAUGCUCUUGCAGUGUUUUCCUCCAACAUGGUAGUAUGAAUCACAGCAUAUGAGAGGUUCCUGUGGUAUUACAUUUUUAGAAAAAACUUUAAGCCAAA